GGCAUGAACAGUAUUCACUUUACCAAUUUGGUCUUUAAGAUUUCUUAAACAUAUAUAAUGAAUGCGCCAUUUUUUCUCAUGUUCAUGCAAUUCCAAUCAUAUUGCUCCUCCAUCAAAUCCAUCUUAUCCCUGUCAACUAAAUCCACCAAUGCAUCAUUCCAUCUCACGUUUCAUUCAAUUACCAAUCACACCACUCAAUAUUCACAAACAGGGUCUUGGAGAAAAAGUUUGCAUUUUUCUAACCAAGUUUUGAUUUUGAAUCCAUCCCAUCUUUCUUUUACCUCCUCUCUUUUGAAUGUAUGAUUAGAAGAAGAAGAAGAAGAACAUCGAUGCACAGAGAUACCAAGAUGAUUGAGGCGGGGUCAGCCGUAAAUUUUGGGGAUUUUAAGACCUCCUACCUCUGUCAUUUUGUGAAUCAGAUCAAUUCCAGGGGCGUAUUGUUAAGGGAUGACCCUUUUAGUUAUUCGGUUCCGUUGUUAUUGUUGCAGCUUUCCCUCAUUUCAAUCAUCACCCGUGGUGUUCACUUUCUUCUCAAACCUUUGGGGCAGCCUUCUAUUGUGUCUCAGAUACUCGGUGGUGUGAUAUUAGGUCCUUCAAUUCUGGGGCAGAAUUUGACAUUCUUGCAGACAGUAUUCCCAACUAAAGGCCGUGUGGUUAUCGACACAUUGUCGAUUUUCGGCUUGAUGCUUUUCAUUUUUAUGAUUGGAGUGAAAGUGGAUCCAACUAUAGUUUUAAGAUCCGGGAAGAAAGCUUUAGCUGUAGGAGUCUUGGCCUUCUUCAUACCUUAUGGACUAGCCAAUUUAGUUACCUUUUUCAUCGAGCGAUCUUCGGGUUUGGAUGCCGGAAUAACCAAGGCACUGCAUUAUGUUGUAGAGAUGCAAUCCAUGACAGCUUUUCCAGUUGUUACUUGCUUUCUGGAAGAGCUGAAGAUCCUUAACUCGGAGAUUGGACGGUUAGCAUCUUCUUCUUCGAUUAUCUCUGAUGUCUGCCUCUGGGCCGUAUUGUCUAUUAAGUUUGCUGUAAAGAUAGCCCAGACCAAAUCAGUGAAUGUAACUGUAGGAUCCUUGCUAUCAGGUAUCCUGUUUACUGUUCUGAUACUGUAUGGAGUUCGUCCAGCGGCUAGUUGGGCUAUCCGAAAGACCCCAGAAGGGAAACCUGUGAAAGAGGUUUAUAUCAUUUCAGUUCUUCUUGUGCUAAUGGCCUUUGGGUUUACCGGGGGAGCAAUCGGUGUUAACGCUCUUGUUGCAUCUCUUGUUUUCGGCUUGGUUAUACCUGAUGGUCCACCACUGGGAGCUGCUUUGGUCGAAAGACUGGAUUGCUUCGUAUCUGUACUGCUCAUGCCACUCUUUUUCAUUUCCUGUGGUUUGCAAAUGGAUGUCUUUUCAAUCCAGAAGUACAAAAAUGUAGGCUUCUUGCAGUUGGUGUUUUUUGUUGUUUUUCUUGGCAAGACCAUGGGGACUAUGUUACCCCUUCUGUUCUGCAGAAUGCCAUUCAGAGAUGCCUUUUCUCUUGCUCUCAUUAUGAACUCCAAAGGGAUUGUUGAACUAGCUUUCUUAAACGAUUUCCAAAGAUCAGAGGUGAUUACUCAAGAAGGCUAUACCAUAUGCAUAAUCUCUGUAGUAGCCAUAACAGGCUUUGUCUCACCUCUUGUGAAAGUCCUUUACGACCCAUCGAGAAGAUACAUCGCUUACAAGAGGAGAACUUUACAACAUAGCAGAUACAACGAAGAACUCCGGAUCCUUGCUUGCAUUCAUAGUCAAGAAAAUGUUCCGGCAAUCAUCAGAAUCCUCCAGGUCUCCAAUCCAUCCAAGGACAGUCCUAUCAACCUGGUUAUUCUCCAUCUUACUAAACUCAUGGGCCGUGCUUCUUCGUUGUUAGUAGUUCAAAGCGAUCACAACAAUUCUUCCUCGAAUCCUACACAAACCGAACGGAUUCUCAAUGCAUUCAAGAAGCUUGAGGAGCAACACCUCGGCUUUAUAAUGACUCAUGGCUACAAAGCUAUCUCGCCUUAUGCAACUAUGCAUGACGAUGUCUGCUCUCUUGCAUUAGAGAAGAGGACCAUUCUCAUACUAAUCCCUUUCCAUGAGCAAUGGAUCCUUGGGCAAAGGGUAGAAACAUCUUAUGCAUACAGGCAUUUGAACAGGAAUGUGCUAGAGAAAGCUCCCUGCUCCGUGGGAAUAGUCAUCGAUCGCGGAAGCCUAAAGAAAUCGCGCUAUGUAAUAUCACAGCCUUCGUUAUAUCAAGUGGCCGUCCUAUUUUUUGGAGGCGCGGAUGAUAGAGAAGCGCUAGCAUAUGCGCGUCGAAUGGCAGAGAAUUCAUUUGUUCAGCUGAAUCUUCUAUGCUUCACAGACUCCAGGUCAAACAGCAUUGUAGGUGGCAGUGAGAGAAGCAAAACACUGGACGCAGAACUCCUAACAGAGACGAAGCAUAGCAUACAGUUCAAGAGGCCGAUUUCGUAUCAGGAGAAUGUUGUGACACAAGGGAAAGAUGUGGUUUCUAUGACUAGAUCAGUAUGUAGUGCAUAUGAUCUGGUGAUGGUUGGAAAACGACACGGGGGCUCGCCGAUCAUGACUCAGCUGAGGAAAUGGCAUCAGAGUGGGGAUUUAGGGGCCAUAGGAGAAAUACUUACUGCCUCAGAUUGUGGAGGUGAGGCCACCAUACUGGUGGUUCAGCAACAGACCAAACUGUGGGGACUCAGGGAUCCUGAGGAAUCAACUCACUUGAGGAAAGUCUUGUUAUAGGCUGGAUACUAAAUUCAUUUUUACUUACCAUUUUUUUUUAACACAAAUUUCGGGCUCCUUUUUUUUUUUUUUUUUUUUUUUUCCCCCUAAAACACCCCACAGUGAAUCCUGCUUCAGUUAUGAUGCAUGAAACAUGAACAUUAUUAGGACUGAUGUACAAAGAAAAGAAGUUUCUAAAACCUAGAUAGAAAAGUAUAGGAUUUACUCUUUGAUUGAUU